CUUCCGAACUCUGUGAACGUCAAAACGACGACGAAGCCAGGCAAACCUAUCGUCAACGACAUUGAAUCAUCACCAUCACCAACCCUGAUCAAAAUCCAGAGAAAUUCCCCAAUUAUAAUGGGAGAAGACGACGGAAAAAAGCGAAGAAUAGUGGUGGAAUCCUUAGGAUGGCUAACAGAAUCCUCAAUUUUACCUAAAAAACACAAAGCCAUUGAAGGAGUAGGUCCUUCUUCAAUCCUCGAACUCAAAGCUCAGCUAUACAAAUCCCAAGAAGAAUCCAAAUCCUCCAAACACUCCGCCGCUCCCACUUCUGACGCCACCUACCACCGCGUCAAGAAAAAGAUCACCCCCGUCGAUACCUUCUCCGCCAAAAACUCCGGCGUCGAAUCCCGCGCUCUCAAGGAUAAGUUGGAGCUAAAAGCGAUUAAAGAUGGAACAGCAAGCUAUGCUGCAUUGGAGAAAAAGGCGGAGAUGUAUGAUAAGUUAGUGAGAGGAGAGUUGCCUGAUGAGGAGGAUGAGGAGAAGUAUUGUGUUGAUUUUUUCCGGAAGGGAAUUGAACAAGAAGAUUCGCAGCUGCCGCAAAUUCAUGAUAAUUCUGAUGUACGGGAACAGAAACAAGAAGUUGAUGCCGAGAAUGUGAAUGAUAAUGAGCCUGUUUUAUAUGAUGUGAAAUUUGCAGGUCUUGGAAGAACAGCUGCAACUAUGGACAGAGAUGAACACAAGCGUUUCGUUAGGGAAGUUCAUGAAGAAGUAAAUCAAGCGAGAGAAAAGGUGUCUGUGUUGAAGAUGCGUAGGCAAGAGCAGGCAACAGCUCAUCGCGAGAAAUUAAGACAAGCUUAUCUUCGUAAAAAAUUAGAGAAACUCAAAGCUGCAUCUACUACUGAGCAGACAUGAGCAGUCGAAGUGGGGAACACGCUAAGCCAAUUUCUCUUUGAGACCAUUUCAAGUAUGUGAGUUGCUGUGUAACUCAUAAACAAGUGUAAAAAUGGGAAAUUUUUGUAAAACUUAGUUUGUAUAUUUCAUGUAAACUCAAAAAAAGAAGUUAUGGAGCCGUCAAUUAUCUUAA